AUGUCGCGAAUAAUGCACUGGAUAUUAUUUUGUAACGUGUUUGUUAUUUGCUGUGGAUUGGAAGAGGGUAGUUCAGUUAAGAAAAACGUACCCGCCGUUAAUCGAACUUUGAGACGAUUUCAAGGUUUCAGAAGACCAGAGGUCCGCUUUUGGCCGACGCACAAAGAGAGCAGGUUCUUAUCGUUGUUCACUGUGGUAACAUUUCCUAACGGAGCAUGCGCCGGCGCAUCUGGCGACAAUGGAACGUGUAUGGCUGCGCGUGAGUGCUCGUCAAGAGGUGGAUCAGCAAAUGGGUACUGCGCCAAUGGGUUUGGACUGUGCUGUAUUUUUAUGACGUCAUGCGGCAGCACAACCACUGAAAAUGGGACAUAUUUCGUAAAUUCCGGUUAUCCAACGCCCUAUGAUGGGACUGGUUCUUGUGAGAUUACUAUUAAUAAAUCACAUCCGGCUGUCUGCCAAAUAAGGUUGGAUUUCGAUCGCUUCUCUAUCGCUGGCCCGGAGAAAAUAAACAACGUCUGUAACAGAGAUCAGUUUAUUGUGUCCGGGGGUAACCCAGUCCCCGCUAUCUGCGGCUUGAACCAGGGCAACCACAUGUACAUCGAUGCUGGUAUAGGCACUACGAAUCCAGUUAAACUAACAUUCGUCUCGGGUGGAACACCUUUUGAGAGAAUAUGGAAAGUGAAAAUCACGCAAAUUCCUUGCGAUACAAUAUAUAAAGCUGAUGAAGGCUGUCUUCAGUAUUAUACGGGUGUCUCUGGCCAGCUGAAGUCUUUUAACUAUGAUCCUACAUCUGGUCUGCAGUUAAGUAAUCAGGACUAUGGUAUCUGUAUACGAAUGGAGAGGAAUUUUUGCGGUAUACAAUACACUGCAUGCACUGACACAGUGAACAACCGUUCCCGAUCGUUCACACUAAGCGGGAACAGUAAUAGUCCAGUGAAUUCCAUGACCGGUUCUGGAGUCGGACCAAACAAUUGUGCCAACGACUGGCUGUUAAUACCAUGUGCUGCAAACGUUGGCAGGGUCCAGCCAGCGCAAGCUUUGUGCACGGACAGGAUUUGUGGGGGCACUUUCUCCGCUGAUUUAUCCAUGCAAUCUGCUUCAGUAUUGACAACAGUGAAGCCAUUCCGUCUUUGGUUUCACACUGACAACGUGGAGGCACCAGUGGAUGUCGACAAUAGAGGGUUCUGUUUGAACUACGUACAACAACCAUGCACAAACAAUGUCAUUUGA